GUGCUCGUUAGGUAUGGUUAGGUAUGCGUUCAUAACCAAACCUUCGAAAGUUACGUCUUCACGAGAGGAUAAACAGCAGUCGCUGAUGUCAAGAUGAACUUUUUUGGCAGGCAGUGUUUGAGAAUUUUACAGAACGAGAUUAAAAAUCGACAUCUGUCAUGCCAUCGUGGCAGAGAGUAUUGUUUUAAGAGCGCGCUGUCGCUGCGGACCUUGUAUCCUGGAAGCAACCAGAAGCUGUACACUCCGUCCUUCGUACCGGAUCCUAAAGCAAAAUUUAGCGGUUACAUACCGAUAGACAAAAUAAAAAUAACGUACAGCGCGAGCAGCGGUCCAGGAGGACAAAACGUCAAUUGUGUAAAUACCAAAGUUGACGUGCGGUUCCAAGUGAGCGGUGCUGCUUGGCUGUCGGAGGAAAUUAGGACAAAACUGACGGAACAAUAUAAAAACAAAAUAAACAAAGACGGGUACUUGAUAAUCAAGUCGGAUCUAACGCGGUCCCAACAUUUGAACUUGGCUGACGCUCUGGAAAAGCUAAGAGCAAUGAUAAGAGCCGUUCUAGAGGAACCAGCUGAACCAUCGCCAGAAGGAAAGGAAAGACGGCGAAAGAACCUACUGAGAGCCGCUAGAGAGAGGCUACACGAGAAGAGAGCCCACUCGCUGCUUAAGCGGAGUAGACAAGUGCCAAUGUCUGAUUAAACUUAUUAAUCUUUAAUUAUUUAAUCAAUUAAUUAAAUUACUUCCAAGUACUGUACAGUGAACAUAGACAAACUAAAAAUUAUGAAAUAAAAAAUGUUUGAACCUA